AUGUUGCGGCCGCACUUUGAAGAACCGCUGGCCAAAGUCGCGGCUACCUUCGGCAUUUGUGUGACGUUGCUCAAGAAGAUUUGCCGCCGACAUGGCAUCGCGCGGUGGCCCCAUCGUCAGAUCACGGGCUUGCGCAAAAGCAUCGCGUCGAUGGAGCACGCCAUCUACUACUUUGACGGCGCUCGACGCGAGUCGUACGUUGAGCAAUUGGCAAAGCAGAAGAUCAAACUGGCUGCCCUGUUGGCAGACCCGACAACCAAGAACGAUGCGGUUCUAGCGACGAAAGAGGACAUCUGUGCCGAUCAAGGCAGCGAACGACCGGCUAUAGCUUGUGCUGCUCAAGAAGCUGCUACUGAUGUAUUCGAGAAGCGGACAUCUACUUCAAAGGGACAAGGAUCAGCGUCGCCUACGGGUCCAUUUGUUGGCACGUCACCGUACUAUGGUUUAGCUUCUGGGGUCACGCCAUUGCAAGCGCUACCGAUAUGGCUGCCACCCAUCGAGUCGAGCUGCUCGGAUCAGUGGCCGAAAGCGUACUCGCCGUCGAUGGUGGACCACCUUCACUGUGAAGACGAUGGUGGUCGGACACUCAACUCGUACUACAACUACGUGUUCAACUCAGCGGCGUUACCCGGUCGCUUGCCUCCUUUACAAUCAGAGUCGCAAGGGAUACUACCCCCCAUCUCGUCGCUGAGACAAUAG